AUGUCGGUGUUCUCACUGGAUGCGAGCCAUGGCAGCCCUAUCACGACGGAAACCCUAGACAAGCUUUGCUCACAGCUCGGCAUGUCAAUAGAUGGAAAAGAGAAGGAAGACUAUCGACGCCUACUCGCGGUUUUCCAUGAUGCGAGUGAACAGCUGAUGGCUAUGGACGACUACGUCCCACAUGUGGAUGAAAAUCGUUUUCCGAGAGAAAAUGUACAUUUUCCAGAGCAAUCAGAAAACACUAAUGGAGCGUGGGCGUGGAAGUGUAACAUUAUUGACAAGCUCGCUGACGGUAAAGGCAAGCUGCACGACAAGACUUUUGUUUUGAAGGACAACGUAGCUAUCAAGGGCGUGCCUAUGCUACUAGGCACCAACUUCAUCAAAGACUACGUUCCAGAUCUUGAUGCAACAGUCACAACCCGUAUCUUGGAAUCCGGCGGACGUAUCUUGGGGAAAGCUGUUUGCGAAAAUCUAUGUCACUCGGCAACAAGCCACUCCUCUGGUACUGGCAUAGUCGAAAACCCAUUCGCAAAAGGUUAUAGUGCAGGGGGAAGUUCUAGCGGAUCAGGAGUAAUUGUCGCGCUAGGCGAAGCCGAUGGAGCGAUUGGUGCAGAUCAAGGAGGAAGUAUUCGUGUCCCAGCUGCCAAUUGCGGCAUCGUAGGUCUGAAGCCAACAUUUGGACUCGUCCCAUACACGGGAUGUGGUAGCAAUGAGCCAACCAACGACCACAUCGGCCCCAUGACACGCACCGUGUUCGAAAAUGCUCUUCUCCUCGAAGCUAUCGCAGGCAAUGAUGACAUUGACGAUCGCUCUUUCGCAGCACCACACCCCUCUAAGAUCCCCCUUUACACUUCCAUCGCCAACCUUCCCCUAGAAAAACCCCUCCAAGGCAGAAAAUUUGCAAUAAUAACCGAAUCCCUCUCCACACCCGCCAUGGACAACCGCGUAGUCCAAACCUUCCUCGCCGCAGCCUCAAAAUACAACUCACUAGGUGCGACCGUAACCCAAGUUUCCAUCCCCCUGCACGCUAAAGGCGCCGCAAUAUGGACUGGCAUUUCCAAAGUCGGAGGCUUCCUAAGCAAAACUAGCGGUCCAUUUGGGCGUCGUACACAUCAAAUGCUUCCCCUGAACACCCUCUUCCAGCAAGCCGCAGCAGUCCCGGAAAGCUGGGAUGAAGCCUAUCCUUCUACUAAAAACGUUUACCUAAAUGGACUAUAUGCAACACAACAGUUCCCGAAUCUCCUUGCCAAAGCGACCAAUCUAUCCAGACAGCUGCGCGAUGCGUAUGAUGCGGUGCUGAGCGAGUAUGACUUGUUGCUUACGCCUACGCUACCGUAUAUAGCGACGAGCCAUCCACCUGCUGAUGCGACACCGCUGGAGCAGGUAGCGAAACAGGUUGGGUUGACGUCGAAUACGGCACCAUUUAAUCAAAGUGGGCAUCCAGCGCUUGCACUCCCCAUUGGGUUCUUGGAAGUUUUGGAAGGGCCAGGUGUGCGGGAUGGAGUUCGGUUGCCGGUUAGCAUGCAGAUUGUAGGGAAGUGGUGGGGAGAGAUGGAAGUUUUGGAAGCGGCCUAUGCGUGGGAAAGGGAGUGGGAUUGGAGACAUUGGUGA